GUUAAUUGGUUUCCGCUUCCGUUUCCAACAUGGCAGCAUCGUAAUUUGCGAAUAAUUUUUCUAUGUAAAUCGAUAAAUUAAAGAACGUAUUUAAGAAGUUGUUAACAGUAAACGUUGGAAAUGAGUAACGAAGAUGAUGUUGUCCUUGAUUUUGGAGAAGAGGAAUAUGACAGAGAUCGGGUUUUGAAACAUCCAGUGGCGGUACUCUUCCACUUGCUUUUUCGCAUUGGAGCACUGUUAGCCUACUUGUUGUGUGGAUGGUUCAGUGACAGUUUCAUCACCAACUUUGUUGUCAUUGUGAUCCUUCUGUCUAUGGACUUUUGGACAGUGAAAAAUAUCUCAGGUCGAUUAUUAGUUGGUCUCAGGUGGUGGAAUUAUGUUGAUGAGGAGGGAAACAGUAAAUGGAUGUUUGAAUCUCGUAAAAAUAGAAAGGGUACAGUUACAGCAACAGAAUCUAGGAUAUUCUGGUUGUCUCUUGUUUUGUGCCAAAUCUUGUGGAUUGUCUUCCUGUUUGGGUCCAUAUUUACAUUAAAAUUUAAAUGGCUUAUGGUGGCUGUUAUUGGAGUGAUAAUGAAUGGAUCGAAUCUUCUUGGUUACAUACGUUGUAAAUGGGGAACAAAACAGAACAUGUCGUCACUUGCCAAGAAUUUCCUUACUGCUCAAGUUCUUAAAUCUAUGUUUUCAAGCAAGCCGUCUACUGGCCAAGAGCAACAAACCUGAUAGAUUUGGACAUGAUUCAAUAGCCGUGAUGAGUUUCUUGUGAUAACAUUGUAUAUAUUGUGGGAUGCACAGUACUUGGGUGAACCGAUUUGGGAGAUUAUUUAUUUACGUUCUGUGACUACUUUUAAAUUAUUCAUUCUGUUUAUUUAAAUGUCUCGUGUACAACAUAAAUGACAUGUGAAACAUGUAGUUCCUGACAAAGGAGAUUGAACUUAAUAACUCAUAUUUAUUGUGUUCAAGAUCAGUAGGUUAUGGCUUUCCAGGUGAUACAAUUCAUUCUGUUUUGUUUUGAACUUCGAUCACUCCAACAAUCCAAAUGCAAAAGGUACGAAAUCUAUAUUGAUACAUGUAUGUUAAAAUGCUUGCCAACUUGCAAUGUUGAACUUGCUUGCUGGUUUGCAGAAAAUUGUUAUGUGGCUAAGGGACUUGCAGAAUGUUGUUAUGUG